UCAAUCAAGAUCAUUUUAUGCUCCCAACUUUCUCCACCGCUGCCAAGGUGCGGGUCGCUAUCACUUGCAUCUUAUUUAUCUCCUCAGCUUGCUUCAAUAUUGCUGCUUUGUGGACCAUCACACAUAAGCACAGGAAGAGGUCCCAUAUUCGUAUUCUCAUUAUUAACCUGGCCCUAGCAGACCUGCUAAUUACCUUUAUAGUCAUGCCCUUGGAUGCAGUUUGGAAUGUCACCCUCCAAUGGUAUGCUGGAGACUUAGCCUGCAGGAUACUGAUGUUCCUCAAGCUUGUAGCCAUGUAUUCUUCUGCCUUUGUUACCGUGGUUAUAAGUUUAGAUCGCCAGUCAGCAAUCCUUAACCCAUUAGGUAUAGGAGAUGCAAAAAAGAAGAACAAAACAAUGCUGUCUGUGGCCUGGGUUCUGAGUCUGUUACUAGCAACUCCUCAGCUCUUCGUGUUCCAUACGGUCAGUAGAUCCCAGCCAGAGUACUUCAUCCAAUGUGCCACAGUAGGCAGCUUCCAAGAACACUGGCAGGAGACCAUGUACAAUAUGUUCACCUUCUUCUGUCUCUUCCUGAUACCCCUUCUCAUCAUGGUGUUCUGCUACUCCCGUAUCCUCAUUGAGAUCUCUCGAAAGAUGAAGAAGGCCUUCUCAUCCGGAGAAAUUCACCUGAGACGCUCAUAUAACAAUAUUCCCAGAGCUCGAUUGAGGACAUUGAAGAUGUCCCUAGUGAUUGUGUUGACCUUCAUUGUGUGCUGGACACCCUACUACCUCCUUGGAAUCUGGUAUUGGUUCUCUCCAGAGAUGCUGACACGGGAGAAGGUCCCUACAUCACUCAGUCACAUCCUUUUUCUCUUUGGCCUGUUCAACACCUGCUUGGAUCCUAUCAUUUAUGGUCUCUUCACUAUCCACUUCAGAAGGGAAAUCAGAAGGGUAUGCAGAUGCACCACACAGGGAAUGGACGACACUACCUCUUUGGGCACUGGUUCAUUCCGAGUCUCCACUACAGCUGUGCCCAUAAAGAGGGCAGUUGGAACCACUGGGGGUUCUGGCAAAUUUGAACUGGAAGUCACAGGGCUGGGAUUGAAUUCAGGGAAGUGUGAUCAAUGCAGGAGAAAGGUGGGAGAGAGUUUCAUGUAAUAAAUCAAGAUGUCUUUGUAACAAACA